GGAAAACCUCCGGAAACCUCCCCGCCAUAUUUCAGAUUUCUUUAUUUACUGUUAUGUGUACCAAAUUUUCAAGGUUAAUUUCUGAAUAAGAGGAACUAUUUUUAAUUCGAGAUAACUUCCCUAGUAAGAUAUGAAGUUUACAGAGCAUCUGAGUGCUCAUUUAACCCCAGAAUGGCGGAGUCAAUACAUCCGAUAUGAGGUAAGCUUGAAGCUACCGCAAAAAUCUUGUGUAUUUCAAGCUUUAUUCUAGUGUAAAAGUUUUGUUAUGGGCUCGGCUUUGUGCCGUCUUAGCUUUUGUAUUUGUGUCUAUAAAUAUAAUUUAGAGUUAGCAGUUCCUGUUUCAGGAAAAUUGUUUUUAUCCUAGCCUUGCUACAAUCUCGUGCCGGUAAUAUCCCUGCACCUUAAAGCUUAAUAUUAUCAUGUGAUUUUGCUUUUUUUUUUUUAUAAACCGCAGCAACUCAAAGAAGUGUUGUAUGAUGGCCUAGACAAGAUGCCAUUAAAGGAUGGUAAGAAAUAACUUCAGUUUUUUGUUUGUGCAUGGGGCUUUAGUAUGAAAGGUGUAUGUAAUUAAUAUAAAUACAUGUACAUAUUAAGCUUAAGUACUCCUGUACACCCUGUGUACACAAUGUUGCUCCUCGUCUAGACGGGGAGCAACAUUUACAGAAAUACGUAGUAAUGUAUACCUGCAAAAUUUUUCCGAGUCGAAUAUGUGAAAGCUUAAUCUCCAAAGAAAUGACAACCCAGAUUUCUGACAUCAUUUCCUCAAAAAUAAUGUAUAAUUUACAUCAGAACAUUACUGAUUGUUUACCCAUCUGAUGACAUAUCUGUUGAUUACUGAGGGUGUCUGAAACCUCUGAAACUUUAAGAUGGAUAUACUAUGUUUUUCCUUGUACUGUUUCCGUGUACUAUUACUAGUUAGAAUAUAAUUUUUGGUGUCUAUAUAGAGGCCAAGUAAACAAAUGUUAUCUUGUUGGCCCAUAGUUCCUAUGAAUAUUUAUGUACACAGCAACUAAAUAACAAAUAAUAAAGCAAAUUCUUGUAAGUUAUAGAACAAGUACACACACAACUAAAAAAACUAAAGGAGAGAAAAAAAAGAAAAAACAAAAUAAAAGAAUUGAAAGUGAAUCAAGUGGAUAAUAGAUAACAGUAAUAAAGCAUAUAGUUUAUAAAGGCUGCAUAAAAAUAUGUGUGUCUAUUUAUUUUGAUUACUUAAUGUCAAUUUUAGGCAGUCUAAUGAGCAUUUGAAAUGUUCAUAAAUGCUUGAUAAAGUAAAAUUUAGCCUAGGAUUCAGAGACACAUCUGUCAUGACCAAAGCCAGGUGUCUUAACAUUGAUGUGUAAUUACACUGUAGUUGUUCAUGCAUUUAGAAAACGUGGGACUUGUAAAUCUUUCUGUCUCAGACUUUUGAACUUUUCCCAGCGUGCAAAGAAAGUUGUGUCCAAUAGCCCGGAGCUAGUGGAUUUUGUUAUCGAGUCUAGUGAUUUUUGUUCUUAAAUUGCUGGAUGGGCAAGUACUCUUUUUUGGGGAAAUUCAAAUAACAGAAGGAUUGUAAUCAAUCCUUCUAAUCAAAAAGGGUUUUGGGGCUAGGUAAAAUGACUUGUGGGCUAGUACAUGCUAGCUACAGCUUGCCAGAAUAGUAGGCUGUAAAACUGACAUUCUUUGCACCCUGUUUUCCUUGCAAGGUGGAAACAAGGGUCUCCAUGUAAUAAUUCAAGAUUAUAUUUUCUAUUUUGUGACUCCUCCUGUGAAUUUCCUUAAGCUGACUGAAAACAAUAGGGCCAUUUAUACAGAGAAAAAUAAGACGCGUCUUAAAUAAGACGUAAACUUUCCAUAUAAACAGCACAUGUCAUCUAAGAUAAGACGCGCCUUAGCUAAGCCGCAUCUUAUUUUAGAACAGCCCUAAACACUUGUUCUUAGAUAAGACGCGUCUUAGUUAAGACGAGAAAAACUUCAUCUAAAUGACCUUUGUGUCUUACAUAAGACGCAUAGUACUCACGCGUAAAUUUUUGGUGCGCCAUGUUGGAUUGCUGUUGCUACGGGCAAUAUUCACAUGAAAACGAGUCAAGAACAGAAAUAAAACGCAAACCAUUUAUAUGAGCUGUUCUCAUCUUAGAUAAGACAUGCUCAUAAAAAUGGUACAGCUCUCGUCUUAUUUAAGACACAUCUUAUUUAAGACUCGUCAUAUUUUUCCUGGUAUAAAUGGCCCUAAUACAUGUGUAAUACUCUGUAAUUAAAAAAAUUAUCACUGGCUAUUAUGUACCUACACUGUAGUGGCACUGAUACACUGAACAGCAGUCACUGGAAAGAAAAUUAAAGACAGGAAAAGACACUUGAGCAAAUUACAAGCCCACCAAAAGGAAAAGAGAGCUUAAGAGUAACCAGCGAAAAAAUUGUUCUGCCAGGUGUACAAAACUGGUAGGCAGGCUUGAGAAUGAAGUUUUUGACCUGCAGUUAUUAAAGCCCUGCCGAAAUUAAGGCUGAUGAGAUUACGUUGGAAGUUCGACAUGUUAGUUCUCUCACCUUGUCUCACCUUAUUAACUUUGCCUUAAUAAUGAAUUAUGAAGUGAAUUAACGCCCGACAUUGAGUCACUGUUCUUUUUUUUUUCACAGAAAACCCUGACUCAGUUGUGCAGAGUUAUUUCUCCAAGUUUGAGGAGCAGUGGUUUAGCUACUGUAAUGAGGAACUAGAAAAAAUAAAUACAUUCUUUGCAGGUACAUUUCAAUUUUCUGCCACAGUUGAAGUAUCCCACAUUCUGUAAGAAGCCAAGGCUUUUCUUUUUAUGGGGAAUCUCAUCAAGCAAAAAAGUUUUAGGCGACUCUCCUUUCUCGCCCAGACAUAAUGUAUGUUGUACAGACAGGGUUUGCAAAUUUUAUUGAUGAGUGGAGUCACUGUGACUUCUGCUUCACAAAUUUUGGAGUCAUUUAGGAAUAUUUGGAGUCGAGUAUCACAACGAAAAACGCCAUUUUCUGACUUUCGAGCACAUAGUCCUCUCAUGUAUACAUUAUUGUGAUGGAUACACGAAGAAGCUGUGGCGGUCCGCUGACCUGGAAAGCUCAUCCAAUAAGCUUUGAUCAUAAUUUACCCUCUUCCUAUUCGGUCGUGCAGUAUAAUUCUUUAAUGUUGAUGAUUUAAUUAAGGUUUACAACAUUUACAAUUAACGUAAAUUUUAUUUGUUGCGAAAAAGGUAAGGACAAAACUGUGUUUUUUACUGAAAAUUUCUGGAGUUGAAGUGGCUCCCUGUUUGUUACCGAAAAUUUCUGGCGUCAAAGUGACUCCCUCCGUAACCUCUGUGGAGUCAUCUGAACAAUUUUGGCGUAAAAUACGCCAAAUUUGGCGUAUUUGCGAACCCUGUACAGAUCAAUUUUACAAGGAAAUAUAGAAAGAAAAAUAAGAUUAUGGUACUAGCAAUGUUAUUACCAUUUAUAUAGAAAAUAAGAGAGGUCUCAGACAAGAAGUAAACUUCUCAGUUGAAAGUGAUUAUCCUUUUAUAAAAUGUUUCAUCUUCUAGGAGAUAUGAUGUUACUGACAUAUUUUGUUGCCUUGAUUAUAAAGCACAAUAAAUACACUGUCAAGGAUACAGUCUCACAUGAGGAUCAGCUUAUUAGUAUUUUUGCUGGUUUCACUCUAAUACAGCAAAUGUAUGUCAUCAAAAAUCCAAAUCCAAAUCAUUCAAUCAGUAAGUUUAGAAUCUGGGAAAGAAGAUAAAAUGUAAAUAACCAAACAUUCUUGGUAUUAGGCUCAGAUCUAUGCGAUUUUUCAUAAUAUGAGUUACACAGAGAAAACUGUUCUACCCAGCAGAUUUACUUGUUUGGAGCAAGAAGCCAUUUUUGUCCCUUAAGGGACACCAACAUACAAUGUCAUGUACACGUAGUAGCAGGAAAUGACCAAACAUCUCUCACUAAGUUUACAGUUGUGUGUUCCAAAAGUUUCAGUUUUAUUUUGUGGUCAUUGUCAACAGAAAAAAUUGCUGAGGCUGGUCGUAAGUUUACAACUCUUAAAAAUGAACUGUAUGUGGCUGGAUCCCUCAAGGUGGGUCCUAGUUUAAACACAUUAGCCACUUCAAAGAAGAUGACUCUGGUACCUAAACCAAGUGACAAGGUCAAGGCAAAGACAAAGAAGAAAGCUUCUGAGCUAAAGUUUGCAUUUGGAGAGUUUUAUCUCAGCUUGGUUCUUCUACAGAAUUAUCAGGUACCUUCAUCUUAAUGUACCAUGGAGCUCAUCUAUAGCUUUCUUUAGUAUUGUUGUUAUUUGUACGUGGUUUAGGGUGCUGGAUUUCAAUACGAUUUCCCCACUGGCUAAAUCCUCAUUGACCACUAGCUGGAGUUACAAUACAGUGUAUUUAUCAACUCUUCCAAAUACGCUUCUAGAGUUAUUUGCAUCAAGAGCUGUCUUCCUUAGUCUGGAGUUCAACUGACCUUUAAGCCAUGUUUCUUAAGAAAAACCAACUGGUAGAGCCGUCUACCUGUUGGGAUUAGAAACCUAUCUUACAUGUCAUCCAAAAAUUAUGUAUAAUGUCUUAAUUUAAUUUGGCAUUAAAAUUUUUGUUUUAUGAACCAAUGUAUGAUUGUAUUUUGAUAAAUUUUUGUGACAGAGGUUGGGAUAAAUGACACCAGGGAUAUAGUUCAGAAGCAUACAUGUAAAAUGUUGAUUUAAAGUUUCCUGCAGUCAUGAAAUUUUACUUUAGUUGAAUUAUUGUGAUGGGAGCCCAAAUGAGAACUCACUUGUUGGCUAGUGUAGGCCUUUGCAUUCCUUUGCAUUCAUUUAUUUUUUUUAAUUUUUGUUUCAGCAACUUAACUUUACUGGAUUUAGAAAAAUUCUCAAGAAACAUGAUAAGGUAUAGAAAAUUUUAGUGAAUCCCAAUUUUUUGCCAUAUGCAGUGUACUGUAAGAACAAGGAACUUUUAUAGGGAAAGCCAUCAUUGUAGCCAUUCAUUCAAAAUGGUUUAAUUUAAUAAAAUAAUAAUUAUGGUAUUGAUGUUCAAGUGCAUCAGGAAUAUUGAUUCAUGGAACCCUACUUACAGUGUACUACUUUAUACAAUCAAAUGUAAAUACAUGUAACAGUUACAUUGUGUUGGCUUAGUUGUUGUUUAAAAAUGUUGAUUGACUAGAUUUUACUGUUACAGUGUGACUUCUCAAAACAGGGCACUUGGAAGAAGAUUAUUCAAUCACAGCUUUUUUUGAAAACAAAAAAUUCUCAAGAUUUUUUCACAAAUGGACCAAUACCAUUCAUUAAUUUGAGGGCUGUUUCCUGAGUGGUCAGGGAAGUUCAAAUGGUUUUUUAAAAAGUUUUCAUAGUUGAACCUGAAUUUUUCUGGUCUGUUUGCAAAAGAAGAAAAAAAACUUGAGAAUCUUUUGUUUUCAAAAAACGUGAUUGGGUAAUCUUUUUACAAGUAACCAGUUUGAGUAGUCACACUAUAACAUCAAGCAAAUAAGACCCAUCUACAUACACCUUUCAUUUAACACUUUUCUGAUCUACAUGUAAACAUAAACUUGCAGGUACUUGAGACAACGAAUGGUGCUCAAUACAGGCAAGAGAUGAUAGAAACAGCCGAUUUUUUCACUAAUAAACAUGUUGGUGAACUCAUUCUAGACACUGAGGUGUGUUGAAUCUUGUAAAUGUAAAUGUUGAUCAAUGUAAAUAAUAAUAUCAUCCUCUCCUCUAGUAGUUCUUUACUUCUCACACAGUGAGAAGUGUAUUAGAAGCUAUCGUUGUUUCUCAUCCUUAUCCAAAAGACUAGAAAGUACAUCUCACUGGUAACACCAUUUCUAGUUGUUAGAAAGAAUAAAGGCAUUACUUUCUUCUCAGUUAUUUAAAGCCCCUUGAAGUGUUAGUCAGGCUGAGAAUCAACCCAAGCUUUAUGCUCCACAGUCUUGUAUCCAUCCAAUAGUUCAAUAAUUCAAUUAUUGAACUAUUACCAGAGAUGGUGAUUUUUCUAGAUUUUAUAACAUUGAUAGCAGAGCUCUUGAACUUGAAGUGUGUUGCAGAGAACCAUGUGUAUUAAAAUUUGGUUAUCUAUGCAUCCAAGGAAUUUUGGUUGUGUGAUAUCGUCUGUCAAUGCAUAUGUUGUAGUCAAUUUUUUAUCUCAGGUAAUUUUUGUUUUUUUUUUGGUUUCUGGGUAUAGUAAAUUAUGUAUGCUAAUGAAGUUGAAGCAAAAGAAAAAGAAGAAUAACUUCAGAUAAAAAAUUAACUACAACACUUACGCCUGUCUGUAUGUAUAUCCUAAUAUUCACCCUGUCAUGGAAGCAAAUGUAAAUGUCACCCUUACUUCCAUGUUGUUGUCAAUUGACAGUUUUCAAAACAGGGUACCCACUGACCAGCAUGACAUGACUGUGUUGCAGGCUCAAGUGUACAGUUUAUCGAGAUGAUGUUUUUUAGUUAUUCCACUGAGCAGUUAGUUGUUUUCAAUAAUAAUGAUUGGACACUCAGGUCCAUUUUUUUAGAAGGACUUCAGUUUGUCUCUUGUUAAGUAGAAAGUUCUUUUUUAGUAGAAAGACUUUCUUAAAGUGCCCAUCACCUAAACUUUUAUAUUUUCUUAUCUGAAACUAUACCUUAUUAAAAUAACUUCUGCGAAAAAAUUUUGCGGUGUCAACAAAACGCGAUUUUUUUACCAAUUUUUGAAGUCUACAUUUUUGCGGUACACCCGCGCCGCUGAUCAUGCAAACUAGCAGGCUCACAUAUGAUGUCAUGUGACGUAAAUUAAGGAACUCGCAUUACCCAGCGGUACACAAAAAAGAUAAAUUACAAGUAAGGAUUGAAUCACAAUGUCUUCGCAAGAAGAAAGUUUUUCUGAAAAAGAAAAACCGAUCAGAACUCUUAAUGUUUUCCUGUCGAUAAGGUCACGUGUUCCUUAAAGUACGUCAUAUAACGCCAUACUCCGAGAGAAGACUAAGACGAAUGGUGUGCAAAAAUGGCGGCAAAUUUGAACGUUUUUAAAAAAUUAUAAAAAAAUCGUCUUUGGUUCAAAUCGCAAAAUUUUUUCGCAGAAGUUAUUUUAAUAAGGUGUAGUUUCAGAUAAGAAAAUAAUAAAUUUUAGGUGAUGGGCACUUUAAAGAACCCCGUAAGGGCUUCGCUUUUGCCUUGGCUAUAUUUAUUGAAUUAUGCUCAGUGCACCCUUAUCCAAGUUCUGGUAACCUUUAGUGAUCUCUAUUAAGUUAUUGCUUGCCCAAUCUUGAUCUUUUCCUUAGUUUGUCUGUGAUUUUUUAUUGAUAAUUCUUUCGUCUUCAAAUUUUUAGGAUUUGUACAUCACAGAACUUGAGGGUGGGAACCGCUCAAAAGCCAUGAAUAGAUUACGAGUUCCUCCACUUCAAGAAGAACAAGUAAGUUUAAAAAACUCACUGAAUUUAUUUGUGUUAAUUUGACAUAUGUGACUGUGAGAUGCAGUCUUUAUGCCAGCCCACAAAUGACCUGCUCAUCACUAGAUCACGAGAGUUCUUAGAAACUCAGUGGUUAGAGCAUCCCACUAGUGUCUGGAAGGUCAUGAGUCCAAUUCCUAUCUAGAACUCAGAAUUUUUUUCUGAGUUCUUCUCUCCACACAUAUUAAUUCUACUUAUUAUGAACUUGUUGUUGUUGUUGUUGUUGACAGCGAGGAGACUGGGUGUCAUGUAGAGCUGGAUUUUACGCUGGACUUUUUGUCAUGCUGGUUUCAAUAGCCACAGUUGCCGGUAGGUUGUGAUCCUCAUCAUUGUUUUCUGUUAACAAAGGAGGGUGUAUAGAAGUAGGGCAGCUUGAAAGCUGAUGUGGACCUGCUAUACAUGUAGCAACAAACACUGUCAUAAAUUCACACAUUUUCAACUUAAUUAAGUAAGCUGCACAAUAAUUGGGAGCUACAUCGUUUCCCAGUUCUGCAUUUUUCUUCAUUUUUCUUUUUUUCUACUUCAGUCUUUGUUAUUUUUCAUGUGAAUAUAUUUUUUCAUUUUUGGUUUGUGAGGAAUAUCUUGUUAUUUUCCAUCUUUCAUCAAUAUAGGAAUCUAGUCCUCGUUUAUUUUAUUUAAGAAACUUACUACGUCCUCAAUUUCCAUAAUCUGUAGAACUAAGCUAUUUAAUUUACUAUUGAAGAGAUUCUUCCUUAGCUCAAGAAUUUCGGCAACAGUUGCUUGAGAGACUAAUACGUAAAUCGCGUUGCUUACGGACGAUUACUUUGUUUUAUCUUCCAGCUUUCUUUACAGAUCACAGUGGCGAGUUUGAUAUCGCUAUUCGUAUUUACCGUGGUAUUUUCCUUUUCGUGCUGGUCACGUUUCUUUUAGCUCUUAACACGUACGGCUGGCGGAAAGCAGGUGUCAAUCACGUGCUCAUAUUUGAACUUGAUCCACGUGAUCAUCUCAGUUACCAACAGUUACUAGAGGUAAAUUAACAAAAAUUGAAACCCGGAACUAGGUUGAACUUUUUAGCUAGUUAUUGCAUUAUAUUUAGGCCAAAACCAGUUGGUUCGACAUUGCAGUCCACAAAAAGUAACAUUCAGUUGCGUGUCAAAGCAACAUGUCAUUUUCCUUUGUAGCUGGCUCGAUAAAAAACUUACCUUGAUUUAAGGUGGCUCAAUGUAUUAGUUGUGCAGAAUUUUUCAUCGCUUUUGUCUUACAGGAGGCAAAUUCAACAAUCUUGUUCUCUGACCUUCAGCGUGCAAAGAAAGUAUUGUCCAAUAGCCCGGGGCUUUGCUAUCGGACUAGUGAAUUCUGUUUUUAACUUGCCCGACGGGCAAGUGAUGUUUUUUGAGGAAUUCAAAUAAUAGAAGAACUGUGAAAUCAAUUCUGCUCAUCAAAAGGAUUUUGGGGCAUCAACUUUACUGCAGACCCGAUCAUUUACGAUCGAACUCGAACGGGCUUACCAUUCGACAUUUUUACUAAAAGAAACGUGGGACCUGGAAAGACACUAGCAAAGCACAAAACGACAAAAGGCAAACGAUAUCGUUUUACAUAGCGACGUUGGUCAGGCUAUGAGGGACUUUAAGAUCCAACGACACUGACGGCAACGAGAACGUCAAAAAAAACAAAAGGUUUAAUAAGCAAAACAACAACUUUGCACUUGCAUCACGCUUUUUUUGUACAUUUCCUUCCUGUUUUUGCACGACUUCGACAUGAAAAUGCCUAAUUUCGCGUUUUAAGGAGGACGUAAACAAGCAACGAUGAAAUUUUCCUUCUCUUUCUGAGCUUGAAUAUGGUCACUUGAAAUUCAGCCUCAGGAGGGUUCGCCUAUAUUUGACAAAGUAAGUAGGUAGGAGUAAUUGCUGUUAAGACUAAAAGAACGCAAAUUCACCUUUUAAGCGACGUUCUCGUUGCCGCCGCGUUGUUGGAUCUUAGGAAACCGCGGACAGCACGCAAAGAGCUAGCGUCUGGAAGCACAGACCUACAAUGGAGUAACAACCAAAAUUUUUUUGGUUAUCAGAUUUUCCAAGACACACAGUAAGGUUCCGCUCACGUGCACUUUCAAAGCACUGCCAUAGAUAGUUAAUCUUAAUGAUAAUGAUCUUAUGUACUAUUAAACCUUUAAGUCCCGGUCGUGUCCAAGAUCAAUUUUCUUCUUACAACAUCCAUACACUGUCAAGAGAUAAGUUAUGAGAAUUAAUAAAAUGAUCAACCAAGAGAAAGUGCCUUGAUCUAUUAUCAAUUCUCUCAGCCAAUUCUUUAAGAAAAUGUAUGGAGAUCAGUUUGGAGAAUUUGUAGGUGGGUGCUGUGGCUUAAAGGGUUAAACAGAUACUAACUACUUCUACCCAUUUCAUUUUUUAUCUCAGGUUGCCUUGUUACUGGCUGUGCUGUGGGCCUUCAGUUUAGUAGUGUUUAUGUUUAGUCACGUGAUAGGUAUAGGAUCAUACUCUCCAAAUUUGGUGUUGGUGUCUUUCCUAUUCCUGUUCACUGUUAAUCCUUUCAAGAUAUGUUAUUACAGAGCACGCGUUUGGCUUCUAAGAGUUUUGGUAAGUGUACUUUACUGCUUAUGUAGCUUGCGAAUAUGCCCUACCUCCAUGUUUUUCAUUAGCCUCACUGGAAUCAAACAUGUCUGUCGUUUUUCUUACAUUUUUGUAAUGUCAUGAUCAGUUUUACACAUGCAACACUGUUCAUGUGAGCGUCUAUGUGCAUCCAAAUGGAAAGUGAUUCUCAACCUACUCAAAUAAAUUACAACGAGUCCAGAAGGGAUCAGAAACUGCUAGUAUACAUGUUGUGUGUGUGGUGUAGUGUCCAUGGUAAUACGUGGUUGUAACUGAAGAUGACUUCAGACACCGUCUAAAACUGUCUUACAGACUGAAAAUCUAGUUGAUAUAGUUCUGCAAUUCGUGGAUAUUCUGGUUCCCUUACAACGGCUUAAAACAUGCUCUGUGUUCGUAUUUUUUAUUUUUCAGUUUCGUAUCUUCACGGCUCCCUUUCAACAUGUAGGAUUUGCUGAUUUCUGGUUGGCUGAUCAACUCAAUAGCUUAGCAGUAGCCUUGCUGGAUCUACAGUUUAUCAUCUGUUUCUAUGCACAUGACUGGCACGUGAAUAAUCGUAAGUUUAGGAUAUUUUGAUUUCUGAUUGGCUGAUCAACUCAGUAGCUUAACAGUAGCGUUACUUGAGCUGCAGUUUAUCAUCUGUUUCCUUUUGCGUGUUUAUGACCGUAAUAUUUGCAGGUAAAGCGAGUAAUAACACGAUUCUUAUGUCCAUAUAGUUAUUUCAGUUCGCAAUCUUCCCUUCCUUUUCAAGCUGAGUUACAACGCAUCCUUGCCACCACGCCUUUGCCGUAAAAAAUGUUGACUGUCAAGGUGUUCACAACGUAUUCUCACAACAUUCUUGUGAGGGUUGAGAUGGUAUUAAAAAAUCAGUUAAACCACUUGUAGCUUUGUCAAGAAAUUGUCUCUCACAACAAAUGUUCUACUCGCGCAUUUGCAGUGUAACUAAUUUAUUUUGUUUAAAUCAACUUGAAAUGUGUUCAUUUUGUUGAUAGCGCAGAUUUAAACAAUUUUUUGACGUUGUCGUUGCUUCGUGGUUACUGCUCUAUCUUAACAAGAUAAAACUUGAAGUCGACCUGAUAGCACCAUGUUGUUGUUUUUCCUUUGCAGCUAGUGAAAUGAUCUGUGAUGGUACAUUGUACGGUAUUCGACCUUUUGUAGCCUGCCUUCCUGCCUGGUUUAGGUUUGCUCAGUGUUUAAGGCGUUACAAGGACACAAGACAAGCUUUUCCUCAUCUAGUAAACGCUGGCAAAUAUUCUACAGCUUUCUUUGUGGUUGUAUUUUCCACUCUAGGUAAGAAUUCAUUGAUACAGAAGUUGGCGUUUCACAGAGGGGGAGUAGUGAAUUACCGGCUGCAUGUGAUGUUUUUGUUCCGCCUUUUUUUACGCUCGCACAUUCUUCCCUCUUGCUGUUAUCAAUGGCGUUUUUUAUCUCUCAAGCAAUUCCGUUAUGAAACCCAGAGUGUUUACUGUAUCGAAAUUAACUUCUUCUCAUCCACUUUAGUUAAAAUUUUGCUAGCAUUUGACGGUAAAAUAGGAAAGGGAAACGCCAAUAUUUCAUGGGAUCCCCGUGCAGGCUGUUAUGGAACAGCUGUUAUGAAGCCAGCGUGGCCGAGCGGUUAGAGCGGUGUACUUGUAAUCCGGAGACCUCGAGUUCAAGUCCCGUCCUGACCGCUGGUAGCCUCCCACGCAGGCGUUUUUAGGGGAGCUCGUUUUUCAUCCCUUCCCACAAACGCCUGCUCAACCGAAAACAACAUUCCUUUCCCACUGUUUUAUUUGCGUGGUAAGUGACCAAUCAACAGUUUUAAAAUAAAGUGUUGAAAGACUAAACACGACUAAAACGUUACCUUAGAGUUACCGUUUUCCGUCUUUUCUUUCCUUCGCUAAGGUUCUAAAAUUAGACUAAAUCUUACUUUUGCCGCUCUUAAUCUAGCAUUUACCAGAGGUCAGAAAGCUUUCCCAGUGUUUCAUGCAGAUCGAGUAAUUAUCAGAUUACCCCGCGGUCAAGGUGAACUUUCCAGAAUUUGGAAAGUACAAUGUGAUGGACUAAGCUUGGAAAAGGAAUGUUGUUCUCGGCUGAGCAGGCAUUUGUGGGGAGGGAUGAAAAAUGAGCUCCCCUAAAAACGCCUGCGUGGGAGGCUAGACCGCUAGCCGGGGUGAGCAGGAUUUGUUGCCCACGCUUGUUCCAGUUAAUAGCCAUCGGGGCUGGGUUGUUCAAAGUUGGGUUAAGAAAAUCCAGGGUUAGUAGGAAAUUUUAUUUCAGAGAUGAAAGCUUAAAUAGCAAAUUCGCUUUAAUUCUUCUUGUUGGCAAAUUGAUGAUUAGAUGUUGUAAAAAGAAAGGAGAAAAUUAUCCGAGAAAGUGCUUUUGAAGCCCCCUCCAAAUAUAAGCCCCUUGAUCCCUCGGAGGUUUACGGUACGCUUUCAAAACAAAACGUUUGGUUAGGCAACAGAGCAUUUUGUUUGUUUUCUUCAGCUAAAUCUGAUUCUGUGCAACGCGAUCGUUUCUUCUUGGCUUGGAUUAUCGCUGCUUUUAUCAGUACAUGUUAUACUCUUACCUGGGAUAUUAAGAUGGACUGGGGACUUCUGGACAAGAACGCUACAGGCGAAAAUAGAUUCCUAAGGGAGGAGACGGUGUACAGAUCCAAGGUGAGACUGCUUUCAUGCACCACCCAGGAGGGGGUUUGGUUGUGAUUGUGGCCGUGAGUAUUUGAAGGAGUUGUGCGAGGACAUUUAUCAAAAAUUCAAACAGUAAGAGCUAGUUGUCACCAAACUGAGUGAAACAGCAAAAUAGCAGCUCAAAGCAUUAAAAGAAGGUAUAACUAACACAACAAAUAUAAUAGAAGGCACGGAUGGACAAACAUGAGAGCCUAAAAUACACCCGUUUCUCUUGCUGCUCACCGCUAAGGACGUUUCGCCUGGCGAAACGUCCCUGGCUGCAAGGAGCUAGGAAAAACGGCUGUAUUCGCAUGCUACAAACAUGAAGGCAAUUUAAACUGAUUAAAUUGGGGUUUUUGAAAACUUGUUAGCCUUAACAGUUUUUCAGAGCGAUUUAUUUUUGUCGCGUGUAAUGUUUGAUAACGCUUUGGGAGAAAUAUUUGUGUUAAUUAAUUAUACGAAGCUGUGAAUUCGUCAUUUACAGGUAAAUUCCUCGCUAACGUUAAGUUCUUUACCGCAUAAAGCCGGGCUGGCUCGGCUCAUGCCAUGUUUUCUUUUGAAAUUUUCGUUGUGUUGAAGGCGGGCUUGCCCGCUUGCCGAUUUUUCGGCUUGAGCAACCGGAAUCUCGAAAAGCGAGCAAUGGAUGAGCCGAUCCAGCCCGGGUGUGGCUCACCUCGUAUAAACAGGCCCUAAGAUUGUAUUGACCCAUGACACAUGACUCAUUCUCAACCAAUCGGAAAACGCGCGAUGCCAUGUAUUUCCAGCUUCGAUGAAGCCGGUGAUGCGAUCACUUGCCAAUUGUACUUGUCUGCUUUACGUGCUUGUCCCUUAUUUAUUACACCGUCUGCCACACCGUUUAAGGUUUCUACGUUUCUUUGUUUUUUCUUGCAGGCAUUUUACUACUUUGCCAUGGUGGAAGAUUUAAUAUUCAGACUGUUAUGGACGCUCACGGUUUCUGUAGGACAACUGGAAAUAUUCCACUCUGAACUUCUUAAACUGAUUUUGUCAAUGUGUGAGGUAUUUAGGUAAGUAGCUUAUGAUUUGGGGUAAACCAAUUGUUAGUACUGUACUUAAAAGUAUAGGACUCAAGAACUCUGUUGUUUUACCAAAGGAUUCCACGAGACUAUGCAGUACUUUUCGUCUAAUUAUCAUCGAUAUAUCUUGGAUGAAAAAAGUAAUUAUAAUAUAGUUCGGCGGCUUCACCCCGGGACGGUUCCGAACGACGAUUUUUAGCGCAACACAGCGUUGCAACAUUGCAACAUUGACGCGGCUUUUUUUUUUUGCCUUUAACAGUGGCAUGUUAAUACCAGUAUUUUUGUGGGACAGAAACAGUCCAUGCAACCGUUGUAUUCAAAGAAAACCCCUUGAACUUCAGUUGAAGUCCCCGUAUAUUUAUAAGGAAGCUUGAGCACUGAUGAUGACGGCAAGUGAGCGAAAACCUUCCUUAAAAGUUUUAAUUCGCGCUGUUUGAAACUUCAUCGCUAUUAUAUUAUCGAAUUUUCCAAAGUUGAGAAAAUGAAAAAUGAAAAUGGUUGUUGUAUUCAUGUUAGCACAAAAUAAGAAAAUUUAACGUCUUUGUUGUGCAGCGACAGCAAAGAAAUGAACCAAAAUGUGUAGCUGUUUCCAUAGCCCUUUGCCGUCAGGAGUAGCUUCCCACACAGGCGUUUGUGGAGAGGGAGGAAAUACGACUCCCCUACGGCUACGUCAAUAGCUUCAGGGAGUGUUCUUUAAUACUUAACUGAUUCUAGGUUUGCCCAUUUUUACUGUUUUCUUCCUGUUUUUAGACGUUUUAUCUGGAAUUUUUUCCGACUCGAAAAUGAGCACCUCAACAACUGCGGUCAGUUCAGGGCAGUGCGUGACAUCUCCGUGGUUCCCAUGGAAACGCAUGACGAAGUCUAUCUGGAACAACUGAUGGAUGACGUAGAUGGCCUGGCGCUAUCGAAACGGAAGUUAAACCGCCGAAGGAAAUCCUCAGUAGUCGUUAAAUCUUUGCGCAAAAUUUCCUCCCACACUGAUGGUGUAAGGGCAGACACGAACAUAGUCAUUGAAAAUGAGACGGAAACACGCGUUUAACCUUGACAAACCUACAGUUUCGAAUCACUAUGUUAUCCAUUCAUAUCGUGAUUUCAAAUACAAUAUUGCGGACCAUAUAAAGCAAAGGGCAAUUUGGCCGGAUGAAUGAAUCCAUCGUAAAGCUAUAAUUAUUCUAUCAUAACUACAACCUAUUGUUGAAAAAUAUUACGUGUCUCUGGGCCCGGUUCCUCGAAAGAUGUUAAGUUUAACCCAGGAUUAAGCCAAAUUGUAAGCAAGGUUUUCCCGUUUAAGAACAUUUAACUCGAGCUUACAAAAUACUGUCGAGCCUAUACUCCGAGAUACAGAAAAUUAAUGAUAGCACAAAAUGUUACUCUAAGCAAUG